GACAGAGAUCCUAGGGCUGUCGGCGAAAGCGGUCGCUAAACAACCAUCUCGCUCCGAGAUCUCUCUGUCUCAGUCUCUGUCUGUAUGUGGGUCCUGUCUCUAUCCAACUCUCUAACCCAAGAAUCACUCUCCGAUACAAAUGGCAGAGGCCUCAACAAUGGCAGUGGCCGAUAGCGUGGAGGGGGUGCUAACUGAAAUCGGGUUCGGCCGUUGGCAGGGACUUGUCUUGUUAGCCUCCCUACUAAUACACGCUGCAGGCCCAACUCAACAGGUGGGUUCCACUCUAUUUAGUGCACCUGUUCCAUUCCGCUGUUCCCACCUGAAUAGCAGCAUCCACUCGCCGAGUGCUGCAGAUGACACCGCAAACACAAGAAUCGCCACCGACGAAGACUUCCCAAGCCAAUGUCUCCAAGAAAUAUAUACACCAGUGAGCGACGCGGGGUCUUACAUCACCAGAGCGCUCCAAGAUGGCGUCUCCAAAAUUAGUCUGAACCGAAAAGUCACCGGUUUGCCAUCUUGCCCCCUGAUUGAGUAUGAUUUUUCGACCUUUGACUCAACUGUCAUUAGCGAGUGGAAUUUGGUUUGCGAAGAUUCAUCGUUCAGACCUUUAUUUCAAAUGACGUAUUCCAUCGGCGCCAUAUUGGGCUGUCUUUUCUGUGGACAGAUGAGUGACUGGUUGGGUCGUAAGAGGACUCUUCAGAUUGGAGGCGUGCUGACACUGGUAACAGUCAUCAUCACAAGCGUAUCGCCCUGGUACUGGGGCGUCAUUAUUGCUAGAAUCGUGAGUGGGACUGGAACCAUGCUCAUGCUCUUCCCAAUUUACACCCUUAUGUCUGAGGUCUCGCCACCCAGCCAGCGCACCCUAACUGCGAUGCUGCCUGGUCUGAUCUACUUCCUAUUCAUGGCCGUCCUGGCUGGUGUUUCCUACAUUCUGCCUCACUGGAGGAAGCUCAUCAUUGCCUGCAACACACCUCUCCUCCUCUUCGUUCCCAUCACUUUCCUUAUUGACGAAUCUCCCCGAUGGCUUCUACAAAAGGGGAGGUCUACUGAAGCCGUCGACAUUCUGAAGAAAGCCGCCUCUCAGAACAAAGUCACUCUCAGUUCCGCAAGUUCCGCCAUAUUGGAUAAGCUUAGCCAGAUGAGCAAAGAGAUUGUCACGGAGAAAUUCCAGGGCAACGGAAAUGGUACAGAUGACGUCAGUACCUUCAAGAUGUUGACGAGCUGUGUCAAAUCCCGCGGUAUGAGAACGAUUCUUUUCGUGACGCCCUUCAUGUGGCUUCUGAAGAGGUCACUCUACAUCGGCAUAAUUCUGAAUGCCAAUAAUUUCACCAGCUCUAGCCCCUUCGAAUACGUGGCUUUGUCUGGAACCAUGGGCGUGGUUGCCAUCCUGAUCUCUAUUCCCUUGAGUCUCAAACUCCCUCGCAGAGUACUGUUGGCAGGAACUCUGUCCAUUGGUGGCAUUUUGAUGUUUUUGGAAUUACCAAUUCCAGCAGAUUACUGGUUGGCCAAAUGGAUCAUGGUCAUGGCGUCCUUCUGCCUAGUCUGCGGUGCCUUCCAGGUAAAUUAUGUCUAUCUCACUGAGCUCUUCCCGACUGUCAUCCGAACAAGGGGCUUCACGUUCACCAACCUGAUCGGGUCCCUGGGGGAAAUGUCCAUCCCAGUGGUCACAGACAUUGCUGUCCGGUACCAGUGGUGGGCCCCGGGCAUUACCUUCGGUGUUGCUGGAGUCAUGGGAGGUGCGCUAGUCCUUCUCCUGCCGGAGACCAAAGACAAGCCGUUGCCCGAAACCUUGCAAGAUGCUGAAGACAGAUACUGGCUGUCGCAGAAAGUGGUGGGAGAGGAAGUUGCGACUAUCUCCAAAGAUACAGCAAAAAGAAAAGAAGCAUUCCAGAAACUCCAAGACUCCCCCGACAAGAUGUCGUUUCUGUACCUCACUUCGUCUCAGUGGGAGGUCCCAACGAUGGACGUCUCAGACAGCAUCGAGGACGUCUUCACUGAAAUUGGCUUCGGGCGAUGGCAGGUCAUGGUUUUAAUGGUAGCUUUUCUGUCUCAACUCGUCUGUCCCAUCCAGCAACUCGGGUCAACGGUGCUGAGUGCCCCUGUCCCGUUCCGGUGUACCUCGCCCGAUGACGUCAUAGAUACAGUGGACCAGAUCUUCAGGAAUGACAACAACAGCUGGGUAGCCGGGACGGGUGAGGUGACGGGGUAUCCCAGCCAGUGCCUGGACAACGUCGUGUCUCUGGGGAACUACUCUGUCUCGAGCUCUGGUGUUUACAAGAAUAGCCUGAAGAAGCACGCCACGGGUCUUCCCUCAUGCCCUGAGGUGGAAUACGACUCCUCGCUCUUCCAGUCGACGGUGAUAACGGAGUGGGAUUUGAUAUGUGAAAGGUCAGCUCUUCGGCCCCUGUACCAGAUGAUGUACUCUGUAGGAGCCAUUCUGGGAAGCCUGUACUGCGGACAGCUGAGUGAUUGGUUAGGUCGCAAGAGGGCGAUUCAAUUUGGCGGCCUGAUAUCCAUCAUAGGGUCCUUGGGCACUGCUCUAGCUCCUUGGUAUCCCGUCGUGAUUUGCGCAAAGAUCCUCUGCGGCAUGGGCACCAUCGUCACCUAUUUCCCAACAUUUACGAUGUUGUCUGAAAUCUGCCCCUCCCAUCGACGCACUGUCGUCACCAUGGCACCGGGCAUCUCUUACUUCGUUUCCCUGAGCAUCGUAGGAGGGGUAGCUUGCCUGAUACCCCACUGGAGAAAGCUGCUUCUCGUCUGCACUUCGCCUCUGUUCGUUCUGAUUCCUCUGACUUUCUUGAUCGACGAAUCUCCACGCUGGCUGUUGCAAAGAGGAAGAACGGCAGAAGCAGUUGCCCUCCUGAAAAAAGCUGCUGCACAUAACAAGAGGACCUUCACCUCCUUGAACGCAUCGUUCCUCGACAAACUAAGUCAAAUGAAAGAGGAUAUCAACAUAUCGAAAACGGGCGACCUUGAAAAUGGUAAAGAAAACGGGACAGAAAAUGGAACAGACGAUCUUAAAGGCGAGGGGAUGCUGCAGAUAAUGUGGCUCUGUUUCUCAUCCCCUGGAAUGAGAGCCAUCAUGCUCGUGACACCCCUUUUGUGGCUUCUCAAGAGAGCCCUGUACAUCGGCAUCAUUCUCAACGCCAAUAAUUUCACCAGUUCAAAUCCUUUUGAGUACGUAGCAAUGUCAGGAGCAAUGGGAGUAACAGGAUGUCUUCUUUCGAUACCCUUGGGCAUCAAGCUAUCCAGAAGAGUUUUCAUGGCGGGAACCCUAUCCAUUGGGGGCAUACUUCUCUUGCUAGAGUUGCCCAUACCCGCAGAAUUCUGGUGGGCCAAGUGGGCGCUGGUCCUGACAGCCUUCUGCCUCGUAUGCGGUGCCUUUCAGGUAAACUACAUCUACGCAGCUGAGUUGUUCCCAACGGUUAUCCGGACUCGCGGGUUCUCGUAUACGAACGUCAUCGGAUCCGUGGGAGAGAUGAUCAUUCCUCUCGUUACCGAUAUAGCGGUCCAGUAUUACUCUUGGGCACCGAGCGUCACCUUCAGUAUAGCAGGGAUACUCGGCAGCUUCCUUCUGCCUUUCUUACCGGAAACGAAGGAUAGACCGAUGCCAGAGACCUUGCAGGAUGUAGAGGAUAGGUACUGGUACGAAUAUAAAGAACUUUCAAAGGAUUCUGAAGUGCCUAUGAAUACCAAAACAGCCAAUGAUUCAAAGGAGAAGAAAAAACAGUUUUUGUUUGAUCUUCAUGAAUGAUUUUUUGGGUGAUUUUUUCUCUUUUUUACGAACUACAAACUGAUUCAAUUCACUACCAAAUAUGUUGUUAUGCAAUAGCAGCUACACAGUGGUUGUUGUAGAUGUAAUGGACCAAUUUAGUUGUCAAGAGGAUUUUGAUGAAAAAUGGUGCAUUUUGACAAACAUGUACAAGAACUAUAUUGAUUUAUCACGAUGAUUCAUUAUUUUGAACAGUAGAGCUCUG